AUGAAGAACAAAAAGAAGAAGAAUCAUGUCUUGCUAGCAGCCACGCGCUGGGCUUUGCCUGAUGGCGCUCGAGACAGCAAGUCGUUUCUUCUUUCGACGGGGGGUGACACUACGAAACCCGUUGCAGCUCCUUCGGUCUUGCAGGAGUCGCAGAGAACGAAGAUAUACGAGGAGCUGAAGAAGCAGCUGCGAGACGAGUGCACUUCGCAGGGUCAGAGCCAAUACCCCAGCAUGGCAUUCGAACGCUGGUGGCUUUCCGUGAGAGAUCACACAGGUGGCCCGGAUCCACUGAUUCCGACCCCGCAAAAGGCCGAGGACCCAACGUUGGUUACGGACUUGGAGCGAGCAGGAUUCUCGAGGACGGCCGCCUGCGGUGUCGCCAGGCGACUUGCUUCCAAAUCGGCUGCAUCGGCUGCUUCAUUGGCCGCUUCAAAAGAAUCAAAGCAGGGCAGCAAGGAAAUCGUUGAACUGCAGCGGUCUUCAGAUGGCGAUGAGGUGCAAUUGUUUUGCAAGUCUGCUGGGGCAAGGGUUCGCUUUUCAGCAUUCGCGUACAAGAAGCUCAAGAAGUUGUAUGAGUUUCAUCAGAGACGGAAUGGCUGCAGCCGCUUAGAAGAAGCGGCAGUUGUCCUCGGGUUGAGAUACCAGGCAUUAGGUGGGACCGGCUUCCAAUUGGCUUUGCCAGCAGCGGCAUGGAACGUGUUGCAGACCGACUUUGCCGUACAGGCAGAGUGCUUCGCGUCACCGUUCAACUGCUGGUUCCCAAACUAUUGCAGUGCGUUUCCAGAUUGUGCGAGGCCAAGUGCUUGGCAUUCGCGCGAAUCGCGUCCUGUUUUCCCUUUCGAAGCCUCGUGUCAUUUCGUGUAG